CCUGCACCCAUUCACAGGUAUGUUACAGUGACCCUAGCAUCACAUCUGCUGAAGAGGCAGCAGUCUGACUGAGAGGAGGGACAGUGAGUGGGUACAGACACCUCUUGACCCAGAUUUCUAUCACUGGCAUGGUAAAGACAGUCACAAAAAAAGGAGAGAGUUGCUGAGAAAGAAGAAGCUCUCUGGAAGAGGCAGACAUUUUGUAUGUUAAAAGACCAGAGGAUAUCCUAUAGUGGAAGAAUGUCUCAAAGCAGUUAUUAUGAGUGUGAGAAACGUGGCCAUAACUCAGGUUACAAUUCCCGCUUGGGGGCAAACCACGCAGAGCUUGGCAACCUCUGUGAACCAGAAACUUCUGUGGACCUAUCUACAUAUAUUGAAUCAGGUGAAGAAAUUCUAUCUGAUCUAUUUCCUCUCAAACAAGAGCGACUGAAAGCUGCAUAUACCUAUAUGUUACCAGAGGGGCAGCCCACCACAUCCUUGUAUGGGUACCCUCCCACACUGGCCCAGGAUCGUAGGAUAGGAGGUUAUGAGUCAGGAGGGGUGAUUGUGAAGGAAGAGACAAGAGGACAACACAGGGCUGUUUGUAACUCUUUACAGUACCAAGCUGUGCAGUGUGGCCAGACCGCAAUGCACCUUCCUUCAUCUAUUGACGGGACCCACCCAGCACUGCGAGUCCUAAAGGGGUCACUCUCAGGGAUGUUGCCCACUUCUCAAAUGAAAGAGCUGCCCUGCAAGGGUAAGAAAAGUCUCAGUAAGGACAGCUUGGAGUACCGCAUGCGCCGAGAGAGAAAUAACAUAGCAGUGCGUAAGAGUCGUGACAAGGCCAAACGCAGAAAUAUGGAGACUCAGCAACGUGCACUAGAGUUUAUGGCAGAGAAUGAAAAACUGCGCAACCGCAUUCAGCAGCUAACGCAGGAGCUUGAUGCCCUGAGAGGGGUAUUCAGGCAAAUCCCAGAGGCAGCUUCUUUGGCCAAAGGAUCUGGAACUUGCAGCUGAGAUAAUUAGAUAUGUGGGGGAAGGAAUGGACUGCUAAACACAAGGUGUAGCAGACGUUUAAGACAUCAUUUUACAAUAGAGUGUCAUGGUCUUACUCAUGAUCCUACACACCUACAACAGGGUCAGCUUCAUUACUGAUUGUGGGAUAAUCUGUGCACAAACAUGUAUUUAACAGAUUACAUUCUCUAUCACCCUCCAUCUCCUAUGAUUUAUUAUUAUUACAUGUGAAUAUUAGAAAUGUUGUCUGAAAAGAGGGGACUGAUUAGUGUACGUCAAUAAAUAUGUGUGUGUGUGUGUAGGGUCGGCUCCAGAACAAAUGAAAUGGGGGGGGCAUUUUUUUUCAUGAGGGGGCACACAUUUACAAAGCAUGUAUGAGAGUCAAAAUAAGAGCGGACUUACAUAUUCUGCAGGAAAGUGUAUCCAUCUUAAUAUUUAAAUUAUAGCCAAUGCCAGUAUUAAGAACAUUCUGGUACCUACUUUGUUUUUAGACAAGAGCUCUCGUUAGUAUAUUACUUUGGAAAUACAUUUGAUACACACAUAUACACUAUAGCAUACCGGCAUAUGCAUCUGUUUACUGGGGUCUAUCUAUCAAGCUCCGAAUGGAGCUUGACGCCCCCGUGUUUCUGGCGAGUCUGCAGGCUCACCAGAAACAGCAGUUAUGAAGCAGCGGUCUAAAGACCGCUGCUACAUAACCCUGUCUGCCUGCUCUGAUGAGGAGGACAGGAAUCACCGGAAUUCAACCCGAUCGAGUACGAUCGGGUUGAUUGACACCCCCUGCUAGCGGCCCAUUGGCCGCGAGUCUGCAGGGGGCGGCGUUGCACCAGCAGCUCACAAGAGCUGCUGGUGCAAUGCUGAAUACGGAGAGCGUAUUGCUCUCCGCAUUCAGUGAUGUCUGUCGGACCUGAUCCGCACUGUCGGAUCAGGUCAGACAGACAUAUGAUAAAUAGGCCUUAUUGUCUUACAUAUGCACAUACAUACUAUAGCAUACUGGCACAUGCGAAUGUGUGUUGUCUUGUAGAUGUACACACAUAUGCCAUAACAUACUGGCACAUGAUGCACCUGUGUAUUGUCUUACAGAUGCACAUACAUAUAUACCAUAAUAUACUGGCACAUGCACCUGUAUAUUUUCUUAAAGAUGCACAUACAUACACCGACCAUAAUAAUAUACUGGCACAUGCACUUGUAUAUUUAUUUGUUAAAGAUGCACAUACAUACACACCAAGACAUACUGGCACAUGCACCUGUGAGUUUGUAUGUAUUGUCUUACAGAUGCGUCUUACAAAUACGUCAUAACAUACUGACAGAUGCAUUUAGUGCUUGCAGUUAUCUUUAUAUAACUGUUGGAGCGCUAUGGACAUUACUCAAUAAUCUUGCAUUCACUUACACAAUAAUCUAAAUAAAUGUUAUAUUUUAAAGUAAGAGUAGCCCUCGGUGUAAAUAAUCUACCCUUUCUAUUCAGUGUCUAAUAAAGACUGUCUAUGCUUAAUCAACUCUCAUACUGGCUACUGGCAAAUGCACCCUAAAGAGAAUUUAAGAAUCAACUCCAUCUGAUCUCAUAUGAGGAUGCGUGACGGCUAUUACAGUAACAGUUAUAUUCUCUCUCUUCUGAAUUGUGUCUGACGCGUGACUAUUACAGUUAUAUUCUUCUCUUCUGAAUUGUGUCUGUUUUUAUUUAUUGCAGGUAAAGGAAAAGUUUAGUCACACAAAACUCCUGCUUUACCUGCAAUAAAUAAAAACAGACACAAUUCAGAAGAGAAGAAUAUAACUGUAAUAGUCACGCAUCCACAUAUGAGAUCAGGAUCAGAUCGUAAGCCGGCUGGUCAGGAGGCGUUUGCUCCAGCUCCAGUGUUUAUCUACAGCCAGGCAGGCUUACGAUUCGAAUAGGGGAGGAAUUUUCUUUAACUACUUCUAAGUUAGUACUAGUGUACUUACCCCGUAACCGUAACCGGUUUAGUCAGUGGCAACAUGGUAAGUCAGACUCCUCCAGGGGCAGGCAGGACAAGUCACAGGUCCUAAGUUCUCUCAGCGACUCAGCUGCUCCUUCACCAUCGCCUUCCGUCACGUGCCAGCAUAACACACGCCUCCUCCAGUCUCCACAAGAUUGAUACAUGUCACUGACUGAGUGAGAAGACCUGAUUGUCUCCCGAGUCCUGAGGCUGCUUAAACAGGAGAAGCCUCUAUAUGGGAGCGUAUGGGCUGUGAGGAGCUUAAGCAGCACCACUUGGUGGCACUAGCUCUCGCGGCUCAUACACUUAAUUAAUAAUUAGUAUAUUAAAAACUAUUUUUCUUCAUUUAACCACAGCCUUCCCUGCCGAGGGGAGGGGGCACAGCAUUUUAUUUGGGCGGGAAUUUGCCGUCAAUGCCCCCCCUUGGAACAGACCCUGUCUGUGUGUGUAUAUAUUUAUAUAUAUUUUUAUAUAUAUAUA